UCAUAACUAGGUUGUUGCACACUGAUGGCAGAAUAAAUAAAACCCAGUUCCAGUGUGCGGUCCAAGCAGUUUGCAGGCCACAUGUUGUGCGAAUAUGAUCGAGCCUUGCGCUAUAAAGUUCAGCGGGUUGUUCGUGGCGGUGGGGGCGGACACUGACACGGCAGGACUCUCCUCUGCUGUCCUGCGGUAACAUUGUUGUGGAACGACGUCACACCUCGAAAAUGAAGGCACGGAGGCAGCCAUUACUGGAGCUUCUCUAAUUAUUUUAUUCCAAAUAAAUACUCACGGAAAACUCACAUGGCAAGAGCUACAAGUCAGAUGUAUGAUGUUGUGCCCAUUCAGCCCAACGUUGCCAUCUGUUCCUGCUCGCAUCCAUCAAUGGCCAGAAACCACCCUGACUCCUGUUCGCCACUCGCCAUCCCGAGCACAAGCAGCAGUCACUGCCCCAACAUGGAGGGCUCAUCCCCGCAGCCCUGCGCCGUAGGAGCACCCGGCGGCUCCCAGAGCGCCGACGGCCGCGCGCAGCCGGCCGCCCAGAUGCCGCAGCCGCGCAAGAAGAAGCCUGAGGACUUCAAGUUUGGCAAGAUUCUGGGAGAGGGCUCCUUCUCAACGGUUGUUCUUGCAAAAGAGUUGGCCACAGGGAAAGAAUAUGCAAUUAAGAUUUUAGAGAAGCGCCACAUUAUGAAGGAGAACAAAGUCCAGUACGUGAAAAGAGAACGAGAUUUGAUGUCAAAUCUUGAUCACCCGUUCUUUGUAAAGCUCUACUUCACGUUUCAAGACGAUGAGAAGUUGUAUUUUGGUCUUAGCUACGCUAAAAACGGCGAACUGCUAAAAUACAUUCGCAAAAUUGGUUCGUUUGAUGAGACCUGUACACGGUUCUACUCGGCCGAAAUAGUUUGUGCUCUAGAAUAUUUACACAAAAAGGGGAUAAUUCACAGAGACUUGAAACCAGAAAAUAUUCUUUUGAACGAGGAGAUGCACAUCCAGAUAACCGAUUUUGGAACAGCGAAACAGUUGUCGUCUGACAGUAAACAAGCGAGAGCAAACUCCUUUGUUGGGACAGCGCAGUACGUGUCUCCAGAGCUGCUAACAGAAAAAUCGGCCUGCAAGAGCUCUGACCUGUGGGCUUUGGGGUGUAUUAUCUAUCAGCUGGUGGCUGGUUUACCACCAUUCAGAGCUGGGUAAGAACCCUUUUGUUUCAUUUUAGAUCUUCAUUUUGU